AUGCGGAGUCCCUCCGACAUAACUAAGAUCAGUUUUAGUUUCACUAUCAAAGCUCUUUGGCAAACCAAUUUCAGUUCCAAAACUAAUCUAAAAAUAACCGCCCAUCCUUGCCGUUUAAAUAUGGGAAAUUCCCACGGCCAUGGCCACCACCAUCGCAAGAAUCCUAUUCAUAACGGCGCCAACCCCAAAACUGAAGCUGCUCCACCUCCUCCAGCCGUUAAUAAGCACGGAUUGCAGCCACUAAACCAGAAUCAAAAUCAGGACCUGAAGCAAAACACUAUGGUAACCUCUUUACCUUAUGCUCAUGUUGACUCAAGCUUGCGAGCCCUCGCUGGCCAAGCUGAAGGAUUCGGCCGCUUUGCCAUUGGUGGGUUCCACGGCCAGCUCUAUCACGUCACUACCUUAUCAGAUGAUGGACCAGGAUCACUUAGGGAUGGAUGCCGGAAAAAAGAGCCUCUUUGGAUAGUCUUUGAAGUGUCAGGAACCAUUCAUCUACAUUCUUACUUGAGCGUAUCAUCUUAUAAGACAAUUGAUGGCCGGGGUCAACAAAUAAAACUCACUGGAAAAGGUUUGAGGCUCAAGGAAUGCGAGCAUGUCAUUGUUUGCAAUUUAGAAUUUGAAGGUGGCAGGGGACAUGAUGUUGAUGCCAUUCAGAUAAAGCCCAAGUCAAAGCACAUAUGGAUAGACCGUUGCAGCCUUCGCGAUUAUGAUGAUGGGCUGAUAGAUAUCACACGAGAAAGCACAGAUAUUACCAUAUCUAGGUGCCACUUUUCACAGCAUGACAAGACAAUGCUCAUUGGAGCAGAUCCAUCUCACAUUGGAGACAGAUGCAUUCGAGUAACCAUUCACCAUUGUUUCUUUGAUGGGACUCACCAACGGCAUCCUCGUGUUAGAUUUGGAAAAGUACAUUUGUAUAAUAAUUACACAAGAAACUGGGGCAUUUAUGCUGUUUGUGCCAGUGUGGAAGCUCAGAUAUAUUCCCAAUAUAACAUUUAUGAAGCAGCACAGAAGAAGGUUGCAUUUAAGUAUCUUACAGAGAAGGCGGCUGACAAGGAGGAAGCUGUGAGUGGCUUCAUAAGGUCUGAAGGAGACUUCUUCGUGAGUGGAACUCAAGCAGGCUUAAUGUCGGAAACUGUUGAACACUGUACAUUUAAUCCCAGAGAAUACUACCCAACAUGGACGGUGGAGGCCCCUACAGAUGCUCUUAAAAAUGUCCUCCAGCAUUAUACUGGAUGGCAAUGUGUUCCACGUCCAACCGAUCAGAUAUCGACUGCAUAACCAAGUUGGAGAAAGAUUAUCUAUUUACUUACAGGGGAUGAGGAGUGGGGAGUAAGUUCUAGAGUUGGAGGCACUCUAUGCAUCAAUCUUGAUGGCGCAUUAAUUAUCUUAUGGUGAGAUUUGUGGAGGGUUUUUGUCCCUUAUAUAUAGUCCACUACUUACGCCUUCUAAUGGACCAAUUAAAAUACGAAUAUAUAAUAUAUAUAUAUAUAAAUUGCAAAAUUUCUAGCAUUUUGUUCCUGUAUCACUUAUUUUCACUUUCUUGCAUUCCUUACGAAUGUAAUGGAGCAUGAUAGGAUGUAACAGGAAAUAUCAUAAUAACAAACAGUAAAGCUAGUAAUUUAUUUCA